CCGAAAGAUGGAGCCAUUGUACAAUAUGUGUGGCUUGCCUGUACCCGAAAGAUGAGCCAAGUCGUCUACAGUCUACAUAUAACUGCUCACCUUUCUUAUCAAUCCCAUUUUUCAAACUAUCCAUUUCGGAUUGAUGUUAAACUCCAAGCUAAGUCAUGCAUGUAAUUGAGACCUCUUGAGCUAAACAAAAGAAUGCCCAAAAAUUCCUCUUUUCAAACACCCAUUUGCAAUUACCAAUCAGUGAUCAAGAUAAAUCCUUUUGUUCCACAAUCGCCAUGCUUUUCCAUUUUGACCUAAAAGAAUUUCAAGAAAAGGUGUCCACUCAACUCCGGCCUUUGCAACGGUCUUUCCAGUUCUGGGUUCGGGCUGCUGAUAUUUAUACUGGUUAUAAAGUAUUUCAGGUAAGAGCAAGUUUAGAGAAGGAUGUGCAGAAACAGGAAGUAAUGUGGGAGAAGCAGCACGAGGUUGCUGCUGACAAGAUAUAUAACAUGUGUUCUGACCUUGGUGGGUUUUUCCUCAAGGUUGCCCAAAUAGUUGGGAAGCCAGAUUUGGCGCCAGCUGCAUGGGUCAAAAGGCUUGUUACUCUAUGUGAUCAAGCACCAUCUACACCAUACAAUGUGGUUAGGGCAGUGCUCGAGAAGGAGUUGGGUCAAAGUAUUGAUGAAUUGUUUGAAUAUUUUGACAAGGAUCCACUAGGCUCUGCCUCUAUUGCGCAGGUUCAUCGAGCAAGACUCAAAGGUGACAAGAAUGAUAUUGUCGUCAAGGUCCAACAUCCUGGGGUUCAGGAAUUGAUGAUGACUGAUAUCCGCAACUUGCAAGCCUUUGCAUUAUAUAUUCAGAAGACAGAUGUCAAGUUUGAUCUGUUCUCCGUUACCAAGGAAAUGGAGAAACAGAUUAGCUAUGAAUUCAACUUUGUGAGGGAGGCUGAAGCUAUGGCAAGAAUUCGUCAUUUCCUUUGCCAGAAUAACAAAAAGUCCCCUGUUCGGGUACCUCGUGUGAUACGAGACAUGGUCAGCAGGAGGGUUCUAGUGAUGGAAUACAUUGAUGGCAUACCCAUUUUGAAGCUAGGAGAUGAAAUGGCAAAGAGAGGCAUACAUCCUGAUGGAAAGUUAGCGGCAGCUGCAAAACAGAAUAUCCUUAAAAAUUUGUCACUUGCUUAUGGACAAAUGAUACUCAAGAGUGGUUUCUUCCAUGCAGAUCCUCAUCCGGGAAACAUUCUGAUCUGUAAAGGUUCUGAGGUUGCAUUGCUUGAUUAUGGACAAGUGAAGGAUCUUCCUGAUGAACUGAGGCUUGGAUAUGCUAAGUUGGUUCUUGCGAUUGCCGAUAAUGACCCUUUAAGAGCAUCAGACAGCUAUAGGGAGCUUGGUAUCGAGACCUUGAGCAAAUGCGAGAAUGAACAGAAGGAAAUGCUUAGGCUGGCGGAGACUAUGUUUGACACAAAAUUACCCCCUGGAGUUACUAUGCUGCAACCUUUUGCAGAAGAAUCUUCAAUAAAAAAGAUUGCUGUUAAGGCUUUUCCAGAGGAACUGUUUUCUGUGCUCCGUACAGUGCAUCUCCUGAGAGGACUUAGUGUUGGUCUGGGAAUUAAUUUUUCAUGUGCCGAGCAGUGGAGACCCAUUGCUGAAGAAGUUCUGUAUGUUGCUGGAAGACUUACAGCUAAAGAUCUGAAGCAAGUGCAUAGACGUGGAGCUUCUAGAAGAAGAUUUUGGAGAUAAGUAUUUAAUGUAUGGAAAUGAUAAGUAUGAGCCUACCUGGAAUAUGGUAUUUAUUGUUUUUUACCUUGUCAAGUUGAUGCUGUUAGCUGCAUCCUUGUCAUGGAAAAUUCAAUUAAAGAAUUUUCAUUUUUACUUGUAAUGGAUUAGAAGUAUUGUCAAUAACAUUGACUACUAACAGUAGUCGUUCAGGAAAAUUUGUUAGUUUCUGUCUUGAUUUUGUUUUGGUUCCUCAAAGUCGGAUGGCAAAUGUGACUCUGUGCUUGAAGGGGAAAAACUUGGCCAGCAGGUGAGCAAUAGGAGAGUUUUGUGUUUCUCCAUAUUUUCUACUACUGUGGACAAAAAACUGUUAGCAUUUCUUGCUCGUGCAGCUUUGAGUAUGUAAUAGGAAUGUACUCGGUAUUUCUUCGUUGCAUCUUUAGAUGCUGGUGUUCAAGUCUUGAAGUGGUAUCAACUUAGCUUUUUAGGUUUAGGCCUUGAAAAGUGGUGUUGCUUGUACUUGACUGGAAUUGGAAGUUAAGGUGAAGUUCAAAUGUUUGCAGAUGUUCUUGUGAUUUUGACUUCUGCAUUUA